GGGGGUGCGCACGACAUGGUGGAUAACUUGAAAAAUAGGGAAAUACCUGAGAUUGCUUGGUCUCGCACUUUACCAACUAAUGAGGCUGAAAAAGAAAAAACAUCAUCGGAUCAGGUAAUCAGAUAUGGCGAUGAGAUAGCAAACCAUCGAGAUAUCCCAUUCAUGCCGGUCAACAUAGAAGAAUCCAAAGAGUAUAUCUAUGGUACUCCCCACUAUAUUCUUCGCCUCUAUGGGUAUCUCGUUAAUGGUCAAAAAGCGGUUGUAACUAUUACCGGUAUCAAGGUAUUUUUCGAUAUUUGUGUUCCUAACAAUACGAGCAUUCCCAAAUUCUGGUCUAAAAUAAAAGGUAUUCUUGCUACUGGGAAAGAUGGUAGUGGGAACACUGUUAACAUGAAUCUAAUCCAAAUGGAAUGUAUAAAGGCAUAUCCUAUCCGUGGUUAUCAUGCGAAAAAAAAGUUAUAUUUCCGUAUUAUUACACCCAAUAAAGAUCUAAGAUUCACUGCUCUCGAUAUCAUCUCAAGCUAUAAUUCAAAUGAUGAUCCCGAAUGUAAAAUAGAGACAGCUUCAGACGAUACAGGCACAUAUUAUUGUAAAGUUGCAAGAGAGUAUAAGAUACCACUUUCUGGGUGGGGCUUAGUGAGCGAUUAUAGAUAUAAUUUCAGCGCACCUUAUUAUGCGAAAUCCCAACAUUGUCCACAUGCAUUUUAUGUCUACAUUGAUAACUUUCGUCUCAUAGAUAAUUUUGAACCACUUUACAAAAUCUAUCCAUCUUCUUUCUUUGUCCACGAUCGAGCACUGAUACUAACAUGGGACAUAGAAACAUACGAUUCACGUGGGUUGGGGAACUUUCCAGAAGCGAAAAAUGACACGUCCCAG